UAUCUCCACGGCAGUUUCCACCUUGAAUGCAUGACAGUGUGUAUACUGUACUGCCUUGACAAGGCACUGCACUGGUUUAACCAACAAGCACAAGGCUCACAAGAGUAAGAGGUCUUGAAGAAGAUAUGUCUGACAAGGGCCCUAAAUCAUCCCAGGACCUAACUGUUGUGGUACAUGCCUUACUGCAGCAUAUGCAGGACAAGUUCCAGACCAUGUCAGACCAGAUUAUUGGGAGAAUUGAUGAGAUGAGCACGCGAAUCGAUGACCUGGAAAAUAACAUAUCUGACCUCAUGAAUCAGGCAGGUGUGGAGGAGAUUGAGGAGGAGAUCAAAGUCACUGAGACCUCUGGAACAGCUUGAAGUCAAUGGCCAACACCAUCUUAGUAAGUACUGCCAAGGAACACACUGAGGACCUUAAACUGCAGUGACAACAUUUUUAAUUGAAACGUGAUUAUAUAAUUUUAUAUUUAAUUAGAGGAAUUUCUCUCAAAAUGAAAAAAAAAAAAUGUAAAUAUUUACUUGCACACGUCAUUCCAAAUCUGUAUGCUGUUAAUUUUUCUGUGGAAUACAGCGAGGAGAAUCUUCACGUAGCUCUUUUCCAUACAAUUUAUUGGAGGAUUUAUGGAGGCCAUGUCUGUCAAUCCCCAAAAGAAGAAAAUACACAAUAAAAGUAUCAUACUGUAAAUGUUCUCUAUACAACUCAUUCCCUAUAUUCCAAGUCUACCAUAUGAUAAAUUUGUCUAAGGAACAGGCCGAAAUUUAAAUGGUAAAUAGUUUGCACUUAUAUAGCGCCUUUUUAAGCCUUAACGGUAAAGCGCUUUACACUGCGUCUCAUUCACAAUUUAAGUUACUUGCAGGAAAUUUUCCCCCCUGCCGAAUCUCUGAAAUUGGAAUUUAUUCAUUUAUUUUGUCCAUUUUCAUUUUGUAUUUGGAUCCAGACUGACCUAGCAACAGUUGUUUGGAAAUUAGCUCCAUGAAGAUUCUUAAAAAAUUAUAAUUUUUGUUCUAGGGAGUAAAUACUGACAGAAUCCUUUUAUAUUUGUGUGAACUAAUCCUUUAAGUAAAAAUGGUGCUGGUCUUUGUGUACAGACUGUAUUACAUAUUGUUAACAACUGUCUUAAUGGACAUAAGACCAAGAUAAUACAAAUAUUUUUGGUAUUUAUUGAUCGUAAUGAGAAUCGUGUGAAACCAUGUGGUUCCUGCAUGUUUUGCUGAUUAUUAAAGUCCUUUCACAAAUGUCUGUUUUUCUGCUUUCAGUUUGUGACAAAAGCAGAUUACUAUCAAAUUAAGUUUGGAAAAGUAAAGCUUUAUGAUUUUUAAGCCAAAAAAGCUAAUCUAUUUUAAUUCAU